UUAAAUGGACACUAUUAUUUACAGAAACUAUGUCUAUAAUAUUCACAAAAACAUAUUGAAUAACACAAUUUAGCUUAUUUAUAAAUGGCUUGCAUACAAUAAGAUUAUUUUGUCAAUAAGUGAACUUGACAGACAACUCAUGAAUCUAUGACAUCACGAUGAAUCACGUUGUUUAUUCGGGUUGGAUGAUUAAGUCCCCACCCGAAAAGAAACUUACAGGUCCAUGGAAAAUAUUUAGAGCGAUCUCCAGUGACAUCACACAAGCAUCUAAAUGGAAGAAACGAUACUUUGUUUUGUCGAAGCCCGCACAAAGUCUGCCAGGCACGUACCUCCUGAACUACUACAGCGACGAGAAUUGUAAACGCGUGCGGGGAUCAAUCGACCUCGAACAGUGUGCGGAAAUUAUCGAGCAUCUCGACUCCGACCAGUUUCAAUACCUGCUCGCGAUAAAGACGACCCAUAAGAGUAAGGAGCGGACGUAUUUUCUGGCAACUGAAACGGAGGAGCAAAUGUCGACGUGGGUACAAAACUUGUGCUCUGUCUGUGGAAUGAAACCAGAUGAGACAGGUUGGUUUUGA